GACAUCGGCUAUACCGCCUCACACACUCUCGCACUCCCCGCCGAGCUGUCAGUGAGCCACCGCCGCUCCACGCUUCUCUAUCUGCGCGUCCUCUGCGCACAGCGGUGCCACCUUCUGCUCUGCUCUGUGCACAUCUCACCCGCUCCGGAGCUGCGACCAGGGCUGAAGCUGAACUUUUGUUCUGAAACAAGGAAAUAGCAAUAUGGCUUCUAAAUCGAUGGAGUUUCUGAAGCUGUCGGAGGAACAGAUCAAAGUGCUGGAGGACAGUUUCAAAGGCUGCAAGCAUCCGGACGGGACGACGCUCAUGUUGGUCGCUGCGGAGUGCGGACUGUCAGAGGAGGACACACUAAAAUGGUUCAAGCUACGUAACGCACAGUGGCGGCAGGCGGAGGGUCUUCCAGCUGAACUGGGCUCGGUGCUGGACUGAGACUUCGCGACCACCUCCUGGAUGCCCGGAGCUCUGUGCUGACCUUGUUUUCCCUGAACGAGCAGACCUCCCCACCUCUUCCUCGUACACUUCCCUCUCUGUGUGUCCAUCUCUCUUUUUGUAUCUAUGAAGCUAUUUGAACUUACAGAAUGUGAAGGUGUUUGUGUUGUUGUUGCCAAUUAUAACCGCCAUGUUUACAGAA